UAUGCAAGUCUCGGAUGUGCUUAUGAUCAUGUUGGGCAGUUUCACAAAGCAAUCAAGUAUCAUCAACAGGAUCUAGAAAUUGCUGAAGAAGUGGGAGACAAGGCCGGAGAGGGAAGAAGUUAUUGCCAUCUCGGCAACGCUUAUCAAGGUCUAGGACAGUUUAAAACAGCCAUCCAGUACCAUCAACGUCAUCUACAAAUUGCUAAAGAAGUGGGAGACAAGGCCGGAGAGGGAAUUAGUUAUGGCAAUCUCGGCAACGCUUAUCAAGGUCUAGGACAGUUUAAAACAGCCAUCCAGUACCAUCAACGUCAUCUAGAAAUUGCUAAAGAAGUGGGAGACAAGGCCGGAGAGGGAAAAAGUUAUAACGGUCUCGGCAACGCUUAUCAAGGUCUAGGACAGUUUAAAACAGCCAUCCAGUACCAUCAACGUCAUCUACAAAUUGCUAAAGAAGUGGGAGACAAGGCCGGAGAGGGAAUUAGUUAUGGCAAUCUCGGCAACGCUUAUCGCAGUCUAGGACAGUUUAAAACAGCCAUCCAGUACCAUCAACGUGAUCUAGAAAUUGCUAAAGAAGUGGGAGACAAGGCCGGAGAGGGAAAAAUUUAUAACGGUCUCGGCAACGCUUAUCAAGGUCUAGGACAGUUUAAAACAGCCAUCCAGUACCAUCAACGUCAUCUAGAAAUUGCUAAAGAAGUGGGAGACAAGGCCGGAGAGGGAAGAAGUUAUGGCAAUCUCGGCAACGCUUAUCAAGGUCUAGGACAGUUUAAAACAGCCAUCCAGUACCAUCAACGUCAUCUACAAAUUGCUAAAGAAGUGGGAGACAAGACCGGAGAGGGGAAUUUAAAACAGUUAACGUGGCAAUCUCGGCAACGCUUAUCAAGGUCUAGGACAGUUUAAAACAGCCAUCCAGUACCAUCAACGUGAUCUAGAAAUUGCUAAAGAAGUGGGAGACAAGGCCGGAGAGGGAAUUAGUUAUGGCAAUCUCGGCAACGCUUAUCGCAGUCUAGGACAGUUUAAAACAGCCAUCCAGUACCAUCAACGUGAUCUAGAAAUUGCUAAAGAAGUGGGAGACAAGGCCGGAGAGGGAAAAGUUUAAAACAGCCAUCCAGUACCAUCAACGUGAUCUAGUCUCAAUCUCGGCAACGCUUAUCAAGGUCUAGGACAGUUUAAAACAGCCAUCCAGUACCAUCAACGUGAUCUAGAAAUUGCUAAAGAAGUGGGAGACAAGGCCGGAGAGGGAAUUAGUUAUGGCAAUCUCGGCAACGCUUAUCAAGGUCUAGGACAGUUUAAAACAGCCAUCCAGUACCAUCAACGUGAUCUAGAAAUUGCUAAAGAAGUGGGAGACAAGGCCGGAGAGGGAAUUAGUUAUGGCAGUCUCGGCAACGCUUAUCGCAGUCUAGGACAGUUUAAAACAGCCAUCCAGUACCUUCAACGUGGUCUAGAAAUUGCUAAAGAAGUGGGAGACAAGGCCGGAGAGGGAAUUAGUUAUGGCAGAUUCGGCAACGCUUAUCAAGGUCUAGGACAGUUUAAAACAGCCAUCGAGUACCAUCAACGUCAUCUAGAAAUUGCUAAAGAAGUGGGAGACAAGGCCGGAGAGGGAACUAGUUAUGGCAAUCUCGGCAACGCUUAUCAAGGUCUAGGACAGUUUAAAACAGCCAUCCAGUACCAUCAACGUCAUCUAGAAAUUGCUAAAGAAGUGGGAGAUAAGACUGGAGAGGCGUACUCACUCUGUUUGCUUGGAAAAAGUUUUGAGUGCCAAGGAAAUCUUAUGAUGGCCUUUGACUGUUAUCACUCGAGUGUACAGUUGUAUGAUGAUAUCAGGGCCAGUCUUCAACUCAACGAUCAGUGGAAGAUUUCUUAUCGUAAUCAGCACCAAAGUGCAUACAAAGGUUUGUGGCGUAUAAAUCUCAUUCAAGGUCAAGUUGUAAAGGCUCUUCUUGCCGCAGAGAAAGGACGUGCUCAAGCUCUCAGAGAUCUCAUGGCCACAAAAUAUCAGCCUGGAGAUUCUUCAACGCACAGCACAUCUCUGAGUUGGGUUCCAUUGAGCACAGUUAUCAUAGCUAUUAAUGGACCAUGCGUUUACUUCUGGGUUUGCCUCAGUGAAGAUAACAUCCAGAUGAGAAGGGUACACGUCAACAAUUAUAAGUAUGAGAAAGAGUUGGAAUGUUUCACCAAGCUACUGAACAAAACUGCUCUGAAGGAGAUCGGUGCAAGAGAUACUAUUCCAAUCGAAAAUCCUCCGCUUGAUUCGCCGACGGAAGAGAAAGUGGCCAAUCAAGUGAUCCCAGUUGAUGUGAGGCACUCCAAAUCAAGUGCUUUAAAGAAGCUGCAUGACAUCAUCGUUGCUCCUAUCGCUGACCUGAUCGAAGGCAACGACGAGAUCACAUUUGUUCCUGAGGGGCCAUUUUGCCUUGUGCCUUAUGCAGCGCUGCAGGACUCCGACUCAUCAUAUCUGAGUGAUUCUUUCAGAAUUCGUGUCCUUCCCUCUCUGACGACGUUGAAACUAAUUCAUGAUUGUCCAGCUGACUUUCACAUGAAGACUGGUGCAUUGCUUGUCGGCGAUCCAUGUUUUAAACAUAUCAUCUACCAAGGAAGUCUUUUGGUGCAACUUCCAGGAGCAAGGAAAGAAGUGGAGAUGAUCGGACGUAUCCUCCAUGUUUCCCCCCUCACUGGACAAAUGGCAACAAAAGAUGAAGUGUUAAAACGAAUAUCAUCAGUGGCGUUAAUUCACAUUGCAGCGCACGGUAAACUGGAAACUGGAGAAGUUAUCCUGGCACCAAACACCACAAGAGAAAACCCUCAGCCGCAAGAGAAAGACUACCUACUGACGAUGAAAGACGUCAUAGAAGCUGGGUUAAGAGCACGUCUGGUUGUACUUAGCUGCUGUCACACUGCUCGUGGGGAGGUCAUGGCCGAGGGUGUGGUCGGUAUGGCGCGUGCACUUUUGGGUGCCGGUGCUAGAUCUGUUGUGGUAACCUUGUGGGCGAUUGGCGACGAGGGAACCCUGGAGUUCAUGACUUUCUUCUACGACGCACUCGCCGAAGGCAAGAAGGCAAGUGAAGCUCUCAAUCAGGCCAUGAAGUGUAUGAGAGAAAUUGAUAAGUUCAAGAAGGAGAUUUACUGGGCACCAUUUGUACUCAUUGGUGACGACGUCAACCUGGAUUUCAAGGAUAUUUAG